UUUCAUCUUAUUUAUACCCUCUAAUUAUCACCAUCCUUCCACACACGACUUAUGUACUGAUCAUCAUCAUCAACACUAGUACUGAAACAAUGAAGCCACAAGAUUUUCGUGUCUCCUUCAUCUUUGUUCUUCUUCUUUGCACUUCUCUAACAUCUUCUCGUCUCCUAACACCAAAACCAGGUGAAAAGGGGUUGAAGGUUGAAGGGAUUAUGAGUACUCAUGAUGCUGCUGACCGGUCAUUAAUAGACUUGGAAGAUAUUUCCGACCUGAUGGGAUUAGAGGAGUGUGAUGACAAAGAUGAUGAAUGUUUGCAUGGAAGGAUGAUUGCAGAGGCUCACUUGGAUUAUAUUUACACCCAGGACCGUAAGCCGUAAUUACAACCCAUGCAUUCAAGUUAUACACGCACUUCAUGAUCAGCUCCUUCAAAGAAGUUUUAAUUUAGAUAAGAAAUCCCAUAUAUGUAACUAUUUACAUCCAAGUACUUGUGAGGUAACAAAGUUUGUAUUUGAUCGUGUGCUUCUAAACUUGAUUAUAUAUGAUCAUUAGCAGAUAAUUAUACUUAUAAUAAAUAAACUUGAUUAUGUUUGCCA